AUGGAAACAAGUUGUUCUUCUGCCUCGAAAGAUGGCACACUUUGCCUCUGGAACGGAGAAACUGGAGAGAUCCUGACAAAGUUUGAAGAGAACAAUAGUUCUAUCAACUGUAUGGCCAUCACGGGUACUAAAGACCUGCUAAUGACAGGGGCAGAGGAUGGAGAGUGGCUUUUUGGAGCAUCGAAACCGGCAGAAACUGCGGAUGUUCUCGGAGCACACAUCAGGUGUUCUGACGGUGGCGUUCAUAUCACAGAGCAAGGAUCAGUUUCAUGCUGUCGGCAUCACAUGACGGGAGCCUCAGCAUUCGAGAGUUCCACUCAUCCAAGUGGUAGUCUCCACACUGAGCCACAGCGACGACCUAGUCUCUACUGGUAUCGCUCCCAACUCCAUGUUCAUGGUGAGUGGUUCCAGGACAGGUCUUGGCUACGCAGUCUCUCUCCCUCACGGGACUCUCAUGGCACACUGGUAGGGCACACGGCCUCAAUCACCAGCCUGAGAGUGUUCCCUGACUCCUCUCGAUGUGUUACUGGAUCCAGGGACCAGACUAUCAGGGUCUGGACUAUCGAUGAUGCCCGGUGUAACGCUGUACUCCACACAGAUGAACCAGUCCUCGCCUGCGAUGUCAACUACAACAACAUUAUCCUCUAUGGGACCGAGGGAGGCUGGGUUUCCACCGCCGCCUACCAGUCUGAUCUUAGCAAGCCCAAUACACUCGUCAGUCAGCUAAUAUAA